GGACUCCUCAGAUCUGGCCGCAGCGAGGGCUACCUCGGCGGAACUGCAGCCUUACAAUAGAUUGGGGAUCUGGUCUGCGGAGUAAGGGCGCCGAGGGGGAAGAAGCAACUAAGGAAGCAUGGUGAUACCGAGGAUUCUUCGGUCUGCGGUCUGCAGGAUGUCCAUGGCGAUGUUGAAAAUGAAUUCUCUAUUUUCACCAGAUACCCUUUUAUGAGAAGAUCUAUUUCAAACGGUCAAACGCUCCCUUCUCCUGUUGGACCAGCAUGGCAGGCUUCAAGCGAGGGUACGACGGGAAGAUUGCGGGCUUGUAUGACCUGGAUAAAACCCUGGGCCGGGGUCACUUUGCUGUCGUUAAACUUGCUAGGCACGUUUUCACAGGGGAAAAGGUGGCGGUAAAAGUCAUCGACAAGACCAAACUGGACACCCUCGCCACGGGUCACCUUUUCCAGGAAGUAAGGUGCAUGAAACUAGUGCAGCACCCCAACAUUGUGCGCCUUUAUGAAGUUAUUGACACCCAGACCAAACUGUAUCUGAUUCUAGAACUCGGCGAUGGGGGCGACAUGUUUGACUACAUCAUGAGACACGAGGAGGGUCUUAAUGAAGACGUGGCCAAGAAGUACUUUGCUCAGAUUGUUCAUGCUAUAUCUUAUUGCCAUAAACUGCACGUCGUGCACAGAGACUUGAAACCAGAGAACGUGGUCUUCUUUGAAAAGCAAGGUCUUGUGAAGUUGACGGACUUUGGCUUCAGCAACAAAUUUCAGCCUGGGAAGAAGCUCACGACCAGCUGUGGCUCGCUUGCGUAUUCGGCUCCAGAAAUUCUGCUCGGCGAUGAGUACGAUGCACCUGCAGUAGAUAUUUGGAGUCUGGGAGUGAUCCUCUUCAUGUUGGUGUGCGGGCAGCCGCCCUUUCAAGAAGCCAAUGACAGCGAGACGUUGACAAUGAUCAUGGAUUGCAAAUACACAGUCCCGUCCCACGUGUCUAAAGAGUGUAAAGACCUGAUCACUCGGAUGCUGCAGAGAGACCCCAAGCGCAGGGCCUCUCUCGAGGAGAUCGAGAACCACCCCUGGCUCCAGGGCGUGGACCCCUCGCCGGCCACCAAGUACAACAUCCCUCUGGUGUCUUACAAGAAUCUCUCGGAAGAGGAGCACAACGGCAUCAUUCAGCGCAUGGUGCUUGGGGACAUCGCUGACCGGGACGCCAUUGUUGAAGCCCUGGAGACCAACAGAUACAACCACAUCACCGCCACCUACUUCCUGCUCGCCGAGAGGAUCCUGAGGGAAAAGCAAGAGAAGGAGACCCAGACCCGAUGUGCCAGCCCCAGCAGUAUCAAAGCCCAGUUCAGGCAAUCGUGGCCAACCAAAAUCGAUGUGCCCCAGGACCUGGACGAUGACCUUACGGCCACCCCUUUGUCGCACGCCACUGUCCCGCAAUCUCCCGCCCGGGCUACGGACAGUGUCCUCAACGGGCACAGGAGCAAAGGCCUGUGUGACCCGGCUAAGAAAGAGGACCUCCCCGAGCUGGCCGGGCCUGUGGUGUCCUCGGGGCCGCCGGCCAGCUUGAAGCCCACAGCCAGCGGGCGCAAGUGCCUGUUCCGCGUGGAAGAGGACGAAGAGGAGGACGAGGAAGACAAGAAGCCCGUGUCCCUGUCCACACAGGUGGUUCUGCGCCGGAAGCCUUCCGUGACCAACCGCCUGACGUCCAGGAAGAGCGCCCCGGUGCUCAACCAGAUCUUUGAGGAGGGGGAGUCCGACGAUGAGUUCGACAUGGACGAGAAUCUGCCACCCAAGCUGAGCAGGUUAAAGAUGAACAUCGCUUCCCCGGGCACCGUGCACAAGCGCUACCACCGCAGGAAAAGCCAGGGCCGCGGGUCCAGCUGCAGCAGCUCCGAGACCAGCGACGACGACUCGGAGAGCCGCCGGCGCCUUGAUAAGGACAGCGGCUUCUCCUACUCGUGGCACCGCCGGGACAGCAGCGAGGGCCCCCCGGGCAGUGAGGGCGAUGGCGGGGGCCAGGGCAAGCCCAGCCAGGGCAGCGGCGGGGCGGACAAGGCCAGCCCUGGCGAGAACAACGCCGGUGGGGGCAGCCCCUCCAGCGGCUCGGGUGGCAACCCCACCAACACAUCGGGCACCACGCGCCGCUGUGCCGGCCCCGGGGCCCCAGUGCAGUUGGCCUCGCGCAGCGCCGGCCCCGGAGAUCCCGGGCCGCUGGCCUCACGCAGCAUGGGUUCGGUGGGCCCUGGGGCUCUGGCCCCGCGCAGCGCCGGUGAGCUGGUCCAGAGCCUGAAACUCAUGAGCCUGUGCCUGGGCUCGCAGUUCCAGGGCAGCGCCAAGUACUUCCUUGACGCCCAGAACGGCCUGGCCUUCUCCAGCGUGAAGGUGCAGGAGAAGUCCUCGUGGAAGAUGUGCAUUAGCGCAGCGGGGAGUGCGGGGCCGGCCCCCGCCGUGGGCAGCCUGAAGUUCUUCUCUGACCACAUGUCGGCGCCGACCACCCAACUGGAGCGGAUACAGAGCAAGAACCUGAAAAACAACGUGCUUCAGCUACCUCUGUGUGAAAAGACCAUCUCUGUCAACAUCCAGCGCAGCCCCAAGGAGGGCCUGCUGUGCGCCUCUAGCCAGGCCAGCUGCUGCCACGUCAUCUGAGGCCACCGUGCACGCCCGCUGCCCGGCCAGCCCCUUCCAGCCCCACUCGUGCACAGCGGGCACUAGGAGCGGUUAGUUAUCACCUUGUCAUCUGUCUGCCCGAUGACGUGACAACGCAUGGUCUUUGUGCAUGCUGCUAGACACUUCUUUUCCAGCCGAAAAGUCUAUUGUGUAAUUUUUACUUUUGUAAUUUUAAUGUGGAUGAUCAGGAUGAAAUUAAAAUGUAUAUUUGGAACCUAAUAUAAACGGAGCACUUAGAAAUCUAUGUUCUGCACUUAACCUAGAGAGUAAGCGAGAGGCAGAGAGAGAGAGAGAGAAAUCGAGAAAACAAAACCAAACCCUUUUUUUUUCCUUGUGAAAAAUCCAAAUUCCUGCCCGUGGUGCCCUCUGAGCGGAGACUCUGGGCCGCGGGACACGGCAGAGGCAAAGCAAUAAGGCCAUGCGGGGGCCUGGGCACCGGGCUUGCACUGAGAUUCGACCGCUCGAAGGAACAUACCCAUACCCGUUUGUCUUACGCUAUAGUGUGAAAACAAGUUUGGGCUCUGAACAUGUUAACGGAGAAACGCAGAUUUUCUCGCUUUUUGUGAGUCAGGGAGAGAAAGUACUUAUGGUAGGUUUGUAGGCUGAGUUACUGACAAGCAGACAAUCUUGUUUGGCGAUGCGAUGCAGUGGGUCGCUGGCGCCCCACCUCCACUCCCAAGGUGUGCGUUUGUCCAACAAACCAGAACGAGCCUCUGGGCUCCGCCCCCUGGGGGUGGGGCCAGGCCGGGCCCGGCCUACCCCAGGGCUCCCACCUGACCACCGGGGCAGGAGGACAGCCAUUGCACCCAGACGCUGACCAGGGCCAAAGCCCCUCCCUGAGAAGCUGGUUAAAGGUGCCGGCGUCGGUUUGUAGGCGUUUGGUAAUCACCUAUCCCUUUUGUCUUUCCAUUAUUUCCCAUCCUUUGACUCGGCUGUGAAAAUGGACUGAUCUAAAAACCAAACACAAAUUAAAAUUCACCAGGUCAACACAAAACAAAAAAAUGACAAAACGCACAGCGUGCUCUGUUUUUCCCUCUCCUUCUUUGCUGGCAGUGUUUUUCAUGUUGCCUUCCUGCCAAACACGCUCUCCAAGCACUUGCUUCCAGUUGCUCCUGUACAGAGACUGCUGGAGACCAGAUCCUCGUCUGUGUGGCAUGUCCUCUUGCGCGGACACAGUAUGUUGCACAUUGCUAAUUUUGGAAAGGGGCCAGAUGUUCUUUUCAGCGUGCCUAGUGACGUGGGUGCUAGGCAGGUGGGCCGACUAGUGGCUGGAACCUGGCCGGCGGGGCCAGGCGAGCGGGGGUCCUGCCCACCCUCACCUAAUGAGGCUCGUGGCUGUAAGGUGUGAGGUGAUGGCCCAGUGGCUUCUGGUCAUGUCACGUGACGUGGAGCAGGCAGAGCACCAAAGAACUGCCGUAAGACGGCCGUGGUUCCUGCAAGUGUGCAUCGCCUCUGCUCACUUUGGGAAGACUGUAUUAUACUCAGAACUCUGAAUUUCACAGCAUACUGACGCGAACUAAGUAACGAAUUGUACUUAAAAACACUUACUUUACUUUCCAGACCUAGGCUAGAUAUGUUCUCAGCUACAGCUCUAGAUCAGUGUGUAUUUAUAUUGGAAAAGCUACAAGAGUAGACGUGUGGGUGAAGCCAUAGAACUAUUCGCUUGCAAUCCUGGAGCCAGGGAUCUAAUCAAGGGCCAGAAACAAGAUGUGUGGUUCACGUGGAGAGUGAGCGGAACAUCUGUAUUAAAGGUCGGCGAGGAGUUCAUAAAGGGCAUUGGCAAUAAAUUCUUUGUUGCAGCUGUUUUCCAAGUCAUGUAAAUACUUUCCCUGUGAUUCUGUACAGCCUCGGAACGGCACCUUUUCACUAACCCGUAUGUGUUUGGGUUUUUAUAUUCAGAUGUAUAUAUGGUGCUCACUUAGGAUCAGCAGUGUUGACCAUUGAUGCUGCAUAGCUGUAUGAUAGCCUUACUAGUUGUGUGUGGUUGGCGGGCCCUCUGGGUACACACGUUAGUUUGCGUGGCGUCUCCCCCGUUUGUUCCUCGGUGAAUGAUUGUGCAUGUGUCGUAUGUCAUUGUAUGUCAUCUCCCAAACCGGAGGGAGCGGAUAACCAUCACGCGCGAUAAUCUUGGACCAAACUACUUCCCUGCUCUAAACAGUAUCUUGUACCCCUGAACCUGUCUUCAGAAGUCGCAUAUCAUGGCAGUAGUGUAUAAAUUAAAUAGUGUGGAGCAGCAGUUAGUCUUGUAUUUUUCUGUAUGUGUGUAUAUAUAUAUAAUUAUGUACUUCGGGCAAUUCUAUUUAAAGAUGUGACAAUCUUGACACCAAUCUUAAGGACAGCCGCGAGACGGAACGGAAUGAGAGGUGUCCCCUACCAAGGAAGAACCGUGUGUGUGCAGAGGGUACGGAAUUAUCAACUGAUGCAGUCAGUGCCUCCCAUGCUGGCUGGUGUUUCCUCAUUGUGUAAACAUGGACAGAUAUGUGACAAAUGAGGGGGGAAAUCCAAAUAAUAAAGAGACAUUGAUGUUCAGCAAUAGAAA